AUGGCGAUGUUUUGUGUGGGAUUUAAUCCCAAGUAUUCCAUUUUCUGGUUCUGGACAUGGAGAACUCUCCAUUAUAUCACUAUCAUGAAUACACAAUUAUGUGUGGGACUGAUGAUGACUGCUUGGGUGGCAGGCUUUUUACAUUCAUCUAUUCAGUUGUUUCUUCUCCCAUUGCCAUUCUGUGGCCCCAACAUCAUAAACAACUUCUAUUGUGACAUCCCUCAGGUUCUAAGACUGGCCUGUACUGACACCUCCCUCCUGGAGCUCCUAAUUAUCACCGACAGUGGGUUGCUUGUCAUCAUCUGGCUCAUCAUCUUGGUGUUCUCCUAUACAGUCAUCCUAGUGAUGCUGGGUUCCCAUUCAGGAGAGGGAAAGAGAAAGGCUGCCUCCACUUGUACCACCCACAUCAUUGUGGUGGCACUGCAUUUUGUGCCUUGUAUCUACACAUAUGCCCAGCCCUUCACCACCUUCCCCACAGACAAAGUCAUUUCCAUCAGCUACACAGUGAUGCCACAUAUGUUGAACCCCAUGAUUUAUACUCUACGGAACCAAAAGAUGAAGUCAACUGCGAGACGGUUGUGGACACGACAGUCAUUGCCUAGAAGAGAUUGA